AACGCCAGUGUGACACUGACACUGUCACUUGAGUCAUCCGCCAGUUUGCAGUGUGUUUACAGUGAGCAUCUGAGCCCCAGAAAACGGUCAAAACUAAUCACCCGGAGCGCGAAACCAGACAGCCACAAUGGGCAAGGGAUUCAACAAUUACAUGUGCAAAAAGUUCUUCCACCCCGCGUCCCGCGACAACCUGAAGCGCGUGUGGAUGGCCGAGCAGAAGGCGGACGCCUACAAGAAGAAGCAGGAGGAGCUGCGCCAGCAGUACGAGAAGGAGCAGGACCUGCACGACAACAAGGCGAUGCUGAGCAAGGAGAGCAAGGACAAGCUGGCGGUGAACUUCAUGUACGAGCCGCCGCCGGGCGCCCGCAAGGAGCGCGAGAAGGAGGACGACGAGCCCGAGUACAAGUUCGAGUGGCAGCGCAAAUACAACGCGCCGCGCGAAAGCUACUGCAAGGGCGACCAGGAGAUCCGCGAUCAGCCGUUCGGCAUCCAGGUGCGGAACGUGCGAUGCAUCAAGUGCCACAAAUGGGGCCACAUCAACACGGACAAGGAGUGUCCGAUGUACAGUUUGUCGAUGAGCGCCGCCCGCUCGCUAGAAACGGCCGCCAUCCUGGACGAGAACUCCCUGGUGGCGCAGAUGCUCGAGGACGGGCUGGCGCUGAAGAAGCAGCACGUCAACUCGGUGGAGGCGAACAAGCAUCUGCUGGUGGGCGAGACGGAGGCGGAGAACGACGAGACCAAGUUCCUGAAGGCGCUGACCAAGAAGCAGAAGAAGGCGCUGCUCAAGAAGCUGGAGAAGCUCGAGCGGCAGGAGCGCAAGGGGAGCCGGAAGGUGAAGCGCCACGACAGCAGCAGCGAGAGUGACGACGGGCGGGCCCCAAGCAGGCGGAAGAAGCCGGCGCCCAGAGACUGGCCGGGCCGGAAGCGGAGAUCCAGCAGCGGCGACAGGCACCAGUCGAAGAAGCGCCGCUGAUUCUACUCGUUUAAUGUACAGCAAAUAUACCAUUUAGACUA